UAUGAUGUAACGAAAACCGCAAAAACUUCAGGGUGCUGUCAAAUGUUGUAAAAUAAAUCAUAAAAAUGUUGAAAAUUCGUAUUCUUACAACCUUUAACAGGCGAUUAUUGCCGUUUUCGCAAAUUAGGUCCGCUUCUGAUUGGGUACCCCAAGAAAAAGUGACUCAUACAGGACAGAAAUGGGAUAAAAACGAUUAUAGAUUAGCCAGAUUUAUUGGACGACCAAAACACGUAAAUCCUAAUUUUGCAAUUGAUUUAAUCGAUAAAGUUCCACCAAUAAAAUGCAAAGAACGAGUCGUUUGGUGUGACGGAGGUAGUGGACCUACCGGACAUCCGAAAGUCUACAUCAACUUGGAUAAACCUGGUAAUCAUGCCUGUGGUUAUUGUGGUCUUAGAUUCGAAUUAGAUCAUUGUCAUUAGUCAAAAUUUAUUGUAAAUGUAAAAAAAAACUGUAAUAAUAUCCUGUAUUAAUACAAAUAAAGAGAUUUAUUGAUUU